AUGCAGUAUAAGCUGCUUGACCAGGCUUGGUACAAUCACCACUCAGGACUUCAUGAGGGCAACCAGGGCCUCAACUGUGACCCGUGGGGCCGUGGCAGUGACGUGGGCUCAUUGCCAGAGACACAGAUCGAGGUGCCUGGGGGGAAAAGCACCAGCAGCAGCAGCAGCAGGAACAUCAGCAGCAAUAACAGCAGCAAUAGCAGUGGUGAAGAAAGAAAGAAAGAGAAAGAAAGAAAGAAAAAGAGAGAGAGAGAGAAAGAGAGAGAGAGAAAGAGAGAGAGAGAAAGAGAGAGAGAGAAAGAGAGAGAGAGAAAGAGAGCAAAAAAAAGAAAA